AUGGCGUUGCGUCAUACGUGGGAGGCAGACCCAAGUGCGCGUGUGCUUUGUCCUUCGGUGCUUGCUGUGCGGUUCAGGUUCUCGCCCAGCGCGGUCUUCGGGAGCCGUGAGGACGGCAGAUGGGCGGCCGGUGCCCCUCGCGCGCCCUGGCUCCCGCGCCUUCCCGCUCCAUCUGGAGUCUGGCGGCCUUGCCAGCACUGCGGCGCCAGGAACUGGCUCCUCCCUGCCUCUCCUCGUGUUCUCUUGAUGGAGCAUCUAUUUAUGUAUCACCUCAUGCUGCAGCACCCAGCUGGCUUUGUUGUUGUUGCUUUCCAUUUGCAGAGAUCUGUAUUUUGGGGUGAUAUUGCCUUAGAUGAUGAAGAAUUAAAUAUCUUUCAUAUAGAUAGGACAAUUGACCUUACGCAGAACCCCUCUGGAAACCUUGGACAUACCACAGGUGGACUUGGAGACCAUGGUAUAUCAAAGAAACGAGGAGCUCUCUACCAACUUAUAGACAGAAUAAGAAGAAUUGGCUCUGGCUUGGAGCAAAACAACACAGUUAAGGAAAAAGUACCUCUCAAAUUCUCAGGGCAAAAUGAGAAAAAUCGAGUUCCCAGAGCUGCUACAUCAAGAACUGAAAGAAUAUGGCCUGGAGGCGUUAUUCCUUACGUCAUAGGAGGCAACUUCACUGGCAGCCAGCGAGCCAUGUUCAAGCAGGCCAUGAGGCACUGGGAAAAGUAUACGUGUGUGACUUUUAUUGAAAGAAGUGAUGAAGAGAGUUACAUUGUAUUUACCUAUAGGCCUUGUGGGUGCUGCUCCUACGUGGGCCGGCGGGGAAAUGGACCUCAGGCCAUCUCUAUUGGCAAGAACUGUGAUAAAUUUGGAAUUGUUGUUCAUGAAUUGGGCCACGUGAUAGGCUUUUGGCACGAACACACACGACCAGAUCGAGAUAACCAUGUAACCAUCAUAAGAGAAAACAUCCAGCCGGGUCAAGAAUACAAUUUUCUGAAGAUGGAGCCUGGAGAAGUAAACUCCCUUGGAGAAAGAUAUGAUUUUGAUAGUAUCAUGCACUAUGCCAGGAACACCUUCUCAAGGGGGAUGUUUCUGGAUACCAUUCUCCCCUCCCGUGAUGAUAAUGGCAUCCGUCCGGCAAUUGGGCAGCGCACCCGUUUGAGCAAAGGAGACAUUGCACAGGCAAGAAAGCUGUAUAGAUGUCCAGCAUGUGGAGAAACCCUGCAAGAAUCCAGUGGCAACCUUUCCUCCCCAGGAUUUCCAAACGGCUACCCUUCGUACACACACUGCAUCUGGAGAGUGUCUGUGACCCCGGGGGAGAAGAUUGUUUUAAAUUUUACCACGAUGGACCUCUACAAGAGCAGCUUGUGCUGGUAUGACUAUAUUGAAGUAAGAGAUGGGUACUGGAGAAAGUCACCUCUCCUUGGUAGAUUCUGUGGGGACAGAGUGCCUGAUGUCCUCAUCUCUACAGACAGCAGAAUGUGGAUUGAGUUUCGUAGUAGCAGUAACUGGGUAGGAAAAGGCUUCGCAGCUGUCUAUGAAGCCAUCUGUGGAGGUGAGAUACGUAAAAAUGAAGGACAGAUUCAGUCUCCUAAUUACCCUGAUGACUACCGCCCCAUGAAAGAAUGUGUGUGGAAGAUAACGGUGUCGGAGGGCUACCACGUCGGACUGACCUUUCAGGCCUGUGAGAUUGAAAGACAUGACAACUGUGCUUAUGACUACCUAGAAGUUCGCGAUGGAACCAGUGAAAAUAGCCCUUUGAUAGGGCGUUUCUGUGGUUAUGAUAAACCUGAAGAUAUAAGGUCUACCUCCAAUACCUUGUGGAUGAAGUUUGUAUCUGAUGGAACUGUGAAUAAGGCAGGGUUUGCUGCUAACUUUUUUAAAGAGGAAGACGAGUGUGCCAAGCCUGACCGUGGAGGCUGUGAGCAGCGAUGUCUGAACACCCUGGGCAGUUACCAGUGCGCCUGCGAGCCUGGCUAUGAGCUGGGUCCUGACAGGAGGAGCUGUGAAGCUGCUUGCGGUGGCCUUCUUACCAAACUCAAUGGCACCAUCACCACCCCAGGCUGGCCCAAAGAAUACCCUCCUAAUAAAAACUGUGUGUGGCAAGUGGUUGCGCCCACCCAGUACAGAAUUUCUAUGAAGUUUGAGUUUUUUGAAUUAGAAGGCAAUGAAGUUUGCAAAUAUGAUUAUGUGGAGGUCUGGAGUGGUCUUUCCUCAGAGUCUAAAUUGCAUGGCAAAUUCUGUGGUGCAGAAGUGCCUGACGUGAUCACCUCUCAGUUCAACAACAUGAGAAUUGAGUUCAAAUCUGACAACACAGUGUCCAAGAAGGGCUUCAAAGCACAUUUUUUCUCAGACAAGGAUGAAUGCUCUAAGGAUAAUGGCGGGUGUCAGCACGAAUGUGUGAACACUGUGGGCAGCUAUAUGUGUCAGUGCCGCAAUGGAUUUGUGCUGCACGAGAACAAGCAUGACUGCAAGGAAGCUGAGUGUGAACAGAAGAUCCACAGUCCCAGUGGCCUCAUCAACAGUCCCAACUGGCCAGACAAGUACCCCAGCAGGAAGGAAUGCACUUGGGAAAUCAGCGCCACGCCCGGCCACCGAGUCAAAUUAGCCUUUAGUGAGUUUGAGAUUGAGCAGCAUCAAGAAUGUGCUUAUGAUCACUUAGAAGUAUUUGAUGGAGAGACAGAAAAGUCACCAAUUCUUGGACGACUAUGUGGCAACAAGAUACCAGAUCCUCUUGUGGCUACUGGAAAUAAAAUGUUUGUUCGGUUUGUUUCUGAUGCAUCUGUUCAAAGAAAAGGCUUUCAAGCCACACAUUCCACAGAGUGUGGCGGCCGCUGGAGGGCGGAAUCCAAGCCCAGGGACCUGUACUCGCACGCCCAGUUCGGGGACAACAACUACCCCGGGCAGGCCGACUGCGAGUGGCUGCUGGUGUGCGAGCGCGGCUGGCGCCUGGAGCUGUCCUUCCAGACCUUCGAGGUGGAGGAGGAGGCCGACUGCGGCUACGACUACGUGGAGCUCUUCGACGGCCUGGACGCCGCCGCCGUGGGGCUCGGCCGGUUCUGCGGAUCCGGGCCACCAGAAGAGAUCUAUUCAAUUGGGGAUGCAGUUUUAAUUCAUUUUCACACUGAUGACACAAUCAACAAGAAAGGAUUUCAUAUAAGAUACAAAAGCGUAAGAUAUCCGGAUACUACACAUACCAAAAAAUAACAUCAGAGCCCCUGCCAGAACAUAAAGAAGUGUGCACAGUGGAGAGAAGUCAUAUUUUUUUUUUAAACUGAAGAUACUGGCACAAAUGUUUUGUAUAAAGAGUUUGAACAACAACAAAAUCUUGCAAGACCAGAGUUAUCUUUGUACUAAAAGAGAAGUUUCCAGCUAAACUUGGUCCGCAGGAUAUUUGUACUCCAAGUUUGACAGUGUUAAUAAAGCCGGUGAAAAGGCAUCACUUCAAGGAAGACUCUGUGAGCUUCAGUCAGAGCUUAAAAUAGAUGCGUCACAAUUCAGACAAUUCAGUUAAGGAGCUGUGACCCUGCAGAGUGUCCCUUUUGGCAAGUUGUCAAGAUUUGGGGACAUAAAAUGAUCUUAUAGGUCAUGAACUGGAAAACUCUUUUCUUGUGUCUUAGGAUGCCUGCUUUGACUUAGUGUGCUAGAUGCAGUGUAAACCAGACCUACAUACAGUGAUGUGAAGGGCAUCUUUGAGGCUGGUUUGUACUUUAAAUGUGUAUGUGUAUGUCUGACAUUUGGAAACUGGAAUAGUUCAGCUUCAUUCUUUUCACUUGCGGGCCAGCUCAACCCCUUUGAUCUGGAGACUCUUCAUCGUACUUACAUAUUGAUGAAUUUGAAAUAUCAGUAGUGUCUAUUAUUGCAGUUAAAUUCUAGACAUCAUCCAAGUACUGGAAAAUGCCCAGUUAAUUGGUAAACCCAGUUCUUUCUGUGGAAGUGCUGUCUUUUCACACCAAACCCAAAAAACCUAUGAUGUUAGGACCCCUCUGAGGAAACUCCUGAGAGGUGUGAGUGAGCAGGAUUCUUUGAAUGACUGCCUAGAUGGUUCAUAUUCAUGUUACUACUGCUGCUAUUAUCUUUCUUUCGUUGUUGAUCUGUCAUUGUUGUAGUUAUUGUUGAUGUUGUCAUGGUUAAUGUAUUUUUUAAAAAUGAAGUGGAAGUAGGCCCUCUGAGAAUUGAAAGUUCAUUUCUCUCUCUCUUCCUGGGAUUCAACUAAAAAAAAAAGCAAUGAUGAAAAAAAAUGAUUUGUUUCUGAUAGACUUCCUAUGGUGCUAUUCCAUAAACAUUUUUUUAAAAAGAAGUUUUGACCUUUGAGCCAACCAUCUGUAGACUGUGAAUGUCUCCCUGUGUCUGGCUGGUGGCAUUUGAAGACUAAAGACUUGUUAAAUAUAUCAAGAAUAUAUCACUGCAAGGGCAGCACUUGUCCUGUGGAACAACUACGAAUAAUGCCUUAGAAUUCUUGCACAUGAUCAAACAGAUCCUCCUAGAGACGCACCUUUUGAAAUGUUGAACAUAGGAGUGUGUGUUAAGUAAUAGCUCUAUGAGGAAGAUCCAUUUCCAUGACCGAAGCAUUGGAUAUAAAUAUGGUGACUGCUUUUGUUGUAGAAAAUGUAUUUUAGAAUGAAUUUUCAGCUUUAAAGGCUUGUGUGUUUUUAACAUUAAUGUAUGUAUAUGUGAGAUUGCCUGAGUGAGUGAAAUGCAAGAGGUAAACAGUAGUGGGUGGGUGAAAAGUUAAAAUGUAUGUGCCAAGUACCACUAGAGUCCUGUUUGAAAUAGCACCUUCCUUAGGUUUCAUGGACAAAUAAUGGGAACUUCUAAUUAUUAUCAAAGAAAAGUUCUUUCCUUUAAAUGAAAUCUAUUUUGAUAUUUUUUUAUGUUCAUGUAGAUUGCUGCAUGAAAUAGCUGUGUUUCUGUUACAUGUCCAUGAACAUACAACAUUUAAAACAAUUGGAUAUCUUUCUUCAUUUUUACAAAAUUAAACUAUACUCACAAAUAUAGCUUACUUGUUUUUUCUCUCAUUGUUUGCCCUGAAAAAAAGUCUCUUCAUGCAUAUGAAUUAUAAAAUAUAAAUACAUUUUAAAAACUAGUGUUUUGAUGUUAUUGAAUGUUGCUUUGGAAAUAUGUAACUAUUGCCUGCAAAGUGGAUGAGACUUUCAGUGAAGCUGAUAUAUUCCAGUAAUUACUUUAUGUCUGUUAUCUAAUUUCCAAUUUGCCAGUUUGCCAGGAUGGGGAAGAGAAAAGAAAAAGACACAAACACCUAUAGCAUUCCACACUCCUAGCCCUGUGUGAGGUGUGCACUAGCCCUUUCUAAACUCCAUGCUCUUCUUUGAGGACUGUCAUCAUGUUCUCAUCUUGUAAUUCAGGAACUGAGGCUCAGAAAUGUUGUGUGACCUUCCCGGAGUCACAGUGUAAAGUCAAAUAUUGAAACCCAUUUUUAUAUCCAAGUCUAUGCUUAUUCUACAAAAUACAGUCGAAUCAAUCUUGACAUAUACAAAUAGUAAAUUUUUUUGGGAUAAAACUUUCUCACAUAGAGUAAACUUUAAGGGUGAAUUACAGUAAAACAUUCCAGAUAAACAUAUUGUUCCUUUCAAGAACAGCGUGAGAAUUGGAAUAUCACAGUAGCUAUCUUUUAGAACCAGAAUUAGUACUAGAAAUAAAAAAAAAAAAACCCUACUGUAGUUUGGAGUUAGUAUGAGCCUUUUGUUAAACUAAGUAUACUAAAUAUUUUGCCUGAUAUGGUAGGGAGAAUGUAGUGCUGUGUAUUAAGCAUUCUGGGCAUUCUGAUUGACAUCUUAGUAGGCCACAAUGCGCUGGGCUCCACAUAGUUGAGAAAUUAGGGUAUUGGGAAAGCAUAUAGAGAUGUCGCCACUUGAGGUCUUCAGCAUGGACAUUAAUUUUUGUUGUAUCUUAUGUCAUAUCAGUUUACCACAUAUUAUUUUUAUAUUAAUUCAGCAUUUGCCUUAAAUGAACUGUUAAGUGAAAAUACAGACAGCUUCAUUGCUGUUUUGUUAAUAAUUGUCAGUUACUAUUCUAAGCAUUUUAUUAAAUUAAUUUUGUAAAUUAUUUUCAACCCCUACAUCAAUAUGUUGGUUGUACUUUAUAUUUUGCCAGAGUUCUAACUCCCAUCCAAUCUUUAUUGACUAUAUAAAAAAAAACCUGUUCUCACUUGAUGUUAUUAAAUUAUUUUUUAAAAUCAAAUUUGAAAAUAACUCAGUUUAUUAAAGAGAUCAUGACUUCACAUAACUGCACAAAACAACUUUUUAAAAGAAAUGGAUGUGAAACAACAAUUAUAUUUCCAAAACCCUCAAAUAUGCCAUGCCUAUAUUGACUGGAAUUUUUCUAUCUAUUACUACAUGUAAUAAAUCACAGUAUCAGAUUCACCUUCUAUUUAAUUUUGUUUUAAGAUAUCUUAGUCCCUUUUAUUUGGUUUGUAUUACUGCAGUAUUUUUGAUGUUAAGCUUCAAAUUUUGUUUUGCCAUGUAGAAAAUCUUUAAAAAUGGUUAUGUUUUAUAAGGUUAAAAUCUAUUUUCUAAAAUAAAUGUUAAAUUACAUCUUUAUUUUGAUUUAGGAAAACUAUAGCCAUAUGUGACAUUAAAAAUAACUUUUGCUUACAACAAUUCUGGAAACAUUUGGAAAUUUUUAUUUAGUAAUCAUAAGAAUUAGUAUUUGCCUUUUGGAAAACCUUGAUGCCGCUUGUUACAUCUGGCAUAGGCAGAGGAAAAUGGAAAAAAAUCAUUACCACUUAAACAUAA